CAACAAAUUACAAGGGGGCGUUAAUGCAAUUUUCUCCUCGCUGAAUAAGAACCGUAACUCUAGUCAAGUGAACCACAAAAGGCGCAUCCGUAGGGCAAGUGAACGGCGGAAAAAGGUCAGCCAGUCGUCGUUUCCGGUUUUGAGUACAAAGUAAAAUGGGUGGUGGUAGAGUUGCUCAUCCGGUGUUGAAAGGCCCUAGCGUGGUCAAGGAGCUGGUGAUUGGAGCGGUGCUUGGGUUAGCUGCUGGUGGUUUGUGGAAGAUGCACCACUGGAACGAGCAGAGAAAAACUAGGGCAUUUUAUGACCUACUCGAGAAGGGUGAGAUCAGUGUGGUUGUAGACGAAGAAUGAUCAUUGCCAUACAAGUUCGUUUAUGAUAUCUGAUGUCAGACGGUUAUAUAAAAGAGAUACAUUUGGUUUUGAAUUUGAAAACAUAAAAGUGUGGCAAUGAAGUUGUGCUUAAAUGUGUUCUUUUGUUAAAAGAAAUGUGGGACUGGUGCUUUUGAUUUGUUAUUAAUGUUAUGCUUUGCUCUUCAUGGAAUCCAA